GACCAAAUCAACAUUCGCCUUGAUUUAUCCAACUGACAUUUCGGAACUUCAAAAUUGUGCAUUUUAGCUUUUGGAAUAGUGGCCAUACAAAAACGUGCAUAAAAACGCUUUUUAUUUAUAAAAUCGCUGAACCAAUCAAUAAAAAAUUAUCCAGAAAACAGAGAAAAUGGAACAGUGUUACAACCGCGGUUGCGGGCAAACUUUUGACCCAGAAAAAAAUACUGACGAAUCCUGCUGUCAUCAUCCUGGAGCGCCUUACUUUCAUGACGCCUACAAAGGUUGGUCGUGUUGCAAAAAGAAAUCUGUAGAUUUUACCGAAUUUUUGAGCAUGAAAGGUUGCACGCUCUCAAAACAUUCAAACAUCAAACCACCCGAGCCGGAAAAGCCUCAAAAGAGCGAUAAAAACGAGGUGAUAGAAGUACGACCGCCUAUUAGGGAAUCAAUGCAACGUCCGCCAAUUGAAACGCCAAUGAUUCAUGUGCAACCAAGUGUCGCGCAGGCGGUGUUAGAUGCAAUAGAUUCAAUUCAAAUACAACGCGAUCGUUCUAGUGAAGACACUGCCUUAGCCACUGGCGCCGUCCCAGUGGGCACCGCCUGUAAGAAUAAAGGCUGCACGAACUCAUAUAACGGCACAACUGCCGAUAAUGGAGAGUGCGUUUACCAUCCGGGUGUGCCAAUCUUCCACGAAGGCAUGAAGUACUGGUCCUGCUGCCAACGAAAAACAUCCGACUUCUCUGCAUUUAUGGCACAAAAGGGUUGUGCAUGCGGUGAGCACAAAUGGUUCAAAGAGGAGGACGACAAGCAAGCAGUAAAUUGCCGUUACGAUUGGCAUCAAACAGCCACCACCGUCAAUGUGUCCAUAUAUGCCAAAAAGUACCAUUAUAAAUUAAGCAAGAUUGAAGUGAGUCCAAUACGCCUGCAUGUGAAUCUGGUGUUUCCGGAACAGCAGGAUGCACAAUUCGAUUUGGAAUUAGAGUUACGUGGCAUAAUUGAUGUGAGUAAAACUACGGCUCAUAUGUUUGGCACAAAAGUGGAGAUAAUUAUGCCAAAGGCCGAACCUGGGUCAUGGCCGAAACUAGAUUUCCCACGCGAAAAAUUGCCACCCGUACGCAAGCCAAAUGAAUCGAAAAUUAUUACUUCAAAUCAGCGAAAAACAUCAGAUUCCGAUGACGGUUUUAAUCUGGAUGACAUUGAAACAGUAAACAUGGGCGUUAGGCUCACCGAUAUUAGUGACAAUAAAAACAAUUUGGACUAAAAGUCUUGCA